AUGGAUGUUUGGAGUGGAAGGGUGGGCGAUGCGGUUGUUGACGAAGGUCGAAGCCAGGCGGGCGGGAGGGAGUUCGUGGCGGCGGUGAAGGGGGGAUUGCAGGUUCUAUCACUUGUCUCGUCAAAAAGGAUGAUAACCAGUGUGACAUCCCUUGGCCGGGAUCAGCCAAGGGCCGCGUGGAGCCUUGGACCGCGCGGGCAGAUCGAGGCGCAGGUGGAACAUGGCACACAUGGCGGCACAUGGAGCAAGAGAUUUGUACAAGGUUCAGACUUCAGGUUCAGACUCAGGAUGUCUGUCCAGCGCUCCAGAUGA